CCGUACAAAGUAGUCCCCAAUCGCAUUUUCCUCCAAAGGAAAAAAAAAGUUCUUCACCUCUUUUCCGGGAAAAUUUUAUUUUCUUAUUUUCUUUUUCUUAGGGUUUUUCUCUCUUUCUUUUUUAAAAUUCCUAAUUCUCUUUUUCAAUUCUUUUUCCAAGUAUAAGGAUUGAGAAAUGGCAGACGAGAACACGGUGAACGGCGUCGGCGAUCAGACGACGGAGAAUUUCUACGAUGUUGAUCAGACGGCGGAGCUGAGCAGGAAGAUCGAGAAGCUAGAGCGAGAGAAGCAAGAACUGGUAUCCGAGAACGAAGAAGACAAAGAGAGAAUCAAGAAAAUGACAGCGGAGAUCCGGAAGCUGAAGAGCGACGAGGCAGAGUUGAAGGAGAAGCUGGUAGAGAAAGAGAGGGAGAUCGAGCAGUCCGAAGACGGCAAGAACGUUCUGGAGUCGAUCGCAAAGAGAGCAGUGGAGCUUGAGACCGAGGUCUCGAGGCUUCAACACGAUCUGAUCACGUCGAUGAAUGAGUCACAGGAAAAGACCGACGAGGUGGUGGAGCUGAAGAAGGUUUCAGCAGAGAAAGGAGCGAAGAUCGAUGCCCUAGAGAAAGAGGUCGAGAGGUUGAAGACGGCAAAAGCCGAGGCUGAGAUGAGAGUCAGGGAAUUAGAGAGGAAGGUUGGGAUUUUGGAGGUGAAGGAAAUCGAGGACAAGAGCAGGAAACUCAGAGUCGAAGAGGAGCUCAAAGAGCGAGUCGGAGAGAAAGAGAAAGAAAUCAUCGGUUUCAAGAAGACGAUUGAGCAAUUGGAAUCUGAGAUUGCCAAAAAUGCCCAGGAAUUGGCUAAAUGGGCGAAGGAUAAAUUGGGUGUUGAUGAUGAACUGAGAGAGUCUCAGAAUCGAGCUAAGGCUAUGGAGUUGAAGAUUGUUGAGCUGCAGGAGGAGAUUGAGGAAGCAGCGAAGGCUAUGAAAGACAAGACGGUGGAAGCCAUUAAUGGGACUGUGACUGAGGUGAAGGAGCUAUUCAAUGGCGGAGAGGAGGACACCACGGGAUUGAACUUGCCUGUGGUGGUGGGCUCUACCGGAGCCAUUGCUGUAGCUGCUGUGGCGCUUUAUGUGUUGUACGGAAAGCGGCGGUGAAUUGAUAGAGAUAAUGCCUGCGGGAAGGAUUAAUGGCUAGAGAGGUUAGGAUAUGCUUUUUCUUGAUCAAAGAAGAUAUAUAUAUAUAUAUAUAUAUAUAUAUUUUUUUUUCAAUUUUGUUAGGAUUUAAUGGCUGCAUUUUUAUUUGGCUUUUGGGUUUUUUAUUGAGCCUAAAUGAAGAUUUGAUAGCCCUAAUUUUGGAGUGUUUCUGGUGUUUAUGAACUUUUGAAAUUUUAUCCACUUAGCUACAUAUGAUUUUAAUGGAAUUACUAUAGUUUAAGUUUUUUGUUA